UCAGUCAACGUGACACUUUCCAGAUGAUCCUUGUUUUCAACUUCUCAAGUUUAUUUUUGCUUUUAUUUUAUGGGUUUUAAAAUUUAAUAUAGAAUGUUAGGAAAUUUAAAAGAUUUUAUUUCAGUCGUGCAAGAUGGUUUAAGUUCGAGUAACAAUCUUCGGCAUACAUUGCAGGAGGUUCAGAAGGUGACAAAUAUAUUUAAAGAUAAGCAAAAAACAUCAACUGAAAGUAGAGUAAACUUUGGAGCAGGGGGUGCCUUAUUAGAAAAAUACCAAGAACAAUGGGCUGAACUCCAUGAGAACGCCGAUAACAACGCAAAAGCAGCCGAAGAGGUCGAUAAGUUAAUCAUAAAUUUGCAUGAAGUUUCUAAAAAACGUUUAAAAUCGGCUACAGAGUUGGCUAAUAAUUUGUCUCACUUGCCUAACUUAACAGCAAAUGUAGCACAGUGUAUGGAUAGUUUAAAAAAUGUACAAAUUUUAUUAAAAGAUGUUGAAAAAGAGUUGGUAGAGUUUGAGGAUAUUGUUGAAAGGUCAAACAUGGAGAAAUGGAAACUUGAUCAUCAUUACGAAUUAAGUCUUUACAAGAAAAAGAAAAUGGCCCAAUUAGAAGAAACAAGGAUAAGACUAGCUAAAGAAAAUGAAGAGCGAAAUAACGAAAUAGAGAGACAGCAAUUAGCCGAGUUGCAAGUUAAGAGGGAGAACAGUGCUGCUGCAUUCCAGAGCGAUGUUGCUAGAUAUUUGACUAGCGGUAGCUUGCCCACUGGUACUAGCCAACAGCCUCCAUCCACAACCCUUGAGCAAAUAGAACUAGAUGUGGACCGUACUGACUUAGAGAAGUUCCUUGAAGAAACUUGAUAUAAAGAAAAUAUUGUGCUAGUGAUAAUGACAGAGCCUUUAUAGAUUUAAGAUAUUUUAUAAACCGUUGAUAAACUUGUUGCUAAUGUUAAUCCAAUCGGGAACAAAAUAAAAAACCAAAUAUAAGAAAUCCAUAUAAAAA